AUGAGGCCGUCGGGGCGGCCCCGGCGCGGGCCGGGACGAGGAGCGCAGCGCGGCACCGCCGCCGCGGCUUUUAUGCGGCGGUGUCCGGCGGCUCCGCACCCCGGCGGCCGGCACUCCCCCUGCAACGCCCCGCAUCCCGGGAGGCGCGGGCAGGGCCGGGCGUGCCGCGCCGCCGCCGCCGCCUCGGGCAGGGGCAGGAGCAUCGCCCCGCUCCGGGCCCCUCCGGCCCCGCAGCCCCCACCGCCCUCCCCGACUCCACGCUGCCGGGUCGGAGCCCCGCGGGCACACGACGGGACCCCGCGGUGCUGGAGUUCACCCCCGUUCUCCCCCGAAGUAAACUCCCGCAGAACGAACACCGACGGAUCCAGCGGGGCAGUGAGCGAGCGGGCUUGGAUAGCGACGUGCAGCCUGCCUAAGCCAGACGUGCUCGGACCGCAAGCGCCGUCUCCAGCAGUGACCCCACACAGCCCGCUGGUCCCGGUGCCGCGGGAUGUUGCCCUUACAAACCGAAAGAAGCUCUCCUGGGUGCUCCGCGGCGCGGCGCGCGGUUUGUCUUCCGCAGGCGGCGUGCGGGCGCGGGGCCCCCCCAAGGUCGUGGACACGGGAGGGGGCUUCUUCCUGGAGGAGGAGGAGGAGGAGGAGGAGCAGCGCGGCGCCGCCGAGAGGAUCGUGCAUCCCCCCGCGCCCGUGCUAGAAUUUGACUAUCUCAUCUGUGGAGACUGUGGCAAAGAAUUCAUGGACUCGUACCUAAUGCAGCACUUUGAUUGGGCCACGUGUGAUAAUUGCAGAGAUGCUGAAGAUAAACAUAAGCUCAUCACAAGGACAGAAGCAAAAGAAGAGUAUCUUCUGAAAGACUGUGACUUAGAUAAGAGGGAACCGGUGCUUAGAUUCAUUGUGAAGAAAAACCCUCAUAAUCCUCGGUGGGGUGACAUGAAACUUUACUUAAAACUGCAGGUAAUCAAGCGUGCUCUGGAAGUGUGGGGGAAUGAGGAAUCCUUGCAAGAAGCAAAGGAGCAGCGCCGUGACAGCAGAGAGAAGAUGAAACAGAAGAAGUUUGAUAAGAAAGUGAAAGAGCUUCGCCGUGCAGUGAGGAGUAGUUUGUGGAAGAAGACAGCCAGUAUCCAUGAACAUGAAUACGGACCAGAAGAAAGCGUUGAUGAAGAAACGUACAGGAAGACGUGUACUGUGUGCGGCCACGAGUUGACUUACGAAAAGAUGUAAUGUUAAUUUGUUUGCUGAAAUUCAUUACCAUCAUUUUUAAUCAUAUUCUUUAUUAAAGAAAUGGCAGUUAGGAACAAGCUGUUAGCAAGCUCCAUGAAUAAUACAGUCAGUUCUGUACAGAAGAAGGUUAGGCUUCCCAGCUACAUCUUAGGGGAGAGCAUGCACAUUUUUAACAGGCUGGAAAUGGCUGCCUUGUGGGAUGAGAAGUUGGCGUUUUACCCUCGUUUUACAUGCUGAUGAAAUUUAAACAAGGUAGAUUUCCCUCUACUCUUCCUUCAGUCAGAGCUGAAGGAAGUCUCUGUAUUUGCACCAGCUGUUAGCUGAUGUCAGCUCCCAUAUGUCUCAGGCAGCCAGUUCCUAAGCGCUGCCCAGGUGGUUGCAGAGUGUGCCGCCAGGCUGGCUCUCCCUGCGGGUGGAGAUGGAGACCUCCAGCUUGAUGGAGGGAGGUGUCCUGUUUUGGGAUUGUUAAAGCAAAGCACCGUGCUGAAACAUUCAGUCAGGUUGCUGCCAUAUUCUAUACUAUGAAGGCUUAAGUAUCCUUCACUGAUUUCUUUUCAAGUUUUGGACCAAAAAGAUGACUCUUAUAGUAAAAGCGUAUCUUCAUUUACCA